UCCCUCUACUCAACAAUUUUUGCCAAAUUGCAACACAAGACAAAACAACAGACACUGAAGUUAGAUCAGAGAGAGUCUGAACAGAAUAACUGUUGACUCCAUCCACCAUCCAAUUUCUCACUCUCAGAUCCAACCAUAACACAUAACUAACUAACUCGUCCGAGUCACGACUCGUCCAAUGCCAUCACCGUAAUUCACAAUGCAAACCGCAUCUUCAUCCUCAUCGUCAUCGUCGUCGCCGGAAGCGAUUCUCGAAUGGCUUCACAAGGAAAUGGGAUACAGACCACUCGGUCAGUACGCCGCCGGCAAGUCGCAUUCGCCGUCGGUAGAAUCGAUCCGGAAGGUUUGCCGUGGGAACAUGAUUCCUGUUUGGAACUUUCUCGUCACGCGCGCUAAGUCUGAGAAGACGGUGCGGAAUGUUCGCCGGAACAUCACCGUUCACGGCGAUGGAGAUGGUGCGACGGGGAGGAAGAAGGAGAAGAUGAUGUCGGGGGAGGGUUCUGGAUCGGCGGAGACGAGAGAGGCGGCUUUGAUGGAGCGUGAUUUGGCGGCGAAGGAGGUUGAGAGGUUGAGGAAUGUUGUGAGGAGACAGAGGAAGGAUUUGAGAGCGAGGAUGCUUGAGGUUUCGAGGGAGGAGGCAGAGAGGAAGAGGAUGCUUGAUGAACGAGCAAAUUACAGGCAUAAGCAAGUGAUGUUGGAGGCCUAUGAUCACCAAUGUGACGAAGCUGCAAAAAUAUUUGCUGAAUAUCAUAAACGUUUGUGUUACUAUAUAAAUCAAGCGAGGGAUGCUCAAAGAUCAGGUGAUUCUUCUGUAGAAAUGGUAAAUAACUUUAGUGCCAAAAGUGAGAAGGAAGCUGUUUAUUCUACUGUUAAGAGCAGUAAAUCUUCUGAUGAUGUCAUUGUCAUUGAAACCACAAGGGAAAAGAAUAUUAGAAAGGCUUGUGAAUCUCUUGUAGCUUACAUGGUUGAAAAAAUACGGAGUUCUUUUCCUGCUUAUGAAGGAGGUGGCAUUCAUUCAAAUCCUCAGGCAGAAGUGGUGAAGUUGGGGUUUGAUUUUGAUGGGCAAAUUCCAGAUGAAGUUAGAACUGUUAUUGUGAAUUGCCUAAAGAGUCCUCCCCUAUUGCUUCAGGCAAUUACUGCAUAUACUUCUCGCCUGAAACGUCUAAUUUCCAGAGAAAUAGAGAAAAUUGAUGUUAGAGCUGAUGCAGAGACCUUGAGGUACAAAUAUGAAAAUAACAUAGUUAUGGAUGUUUCCUCUUCUGAUGGGAGCUCUCCUCUACAGUAUCCCCUCUAUGGAAAUGGAAAACUUGGGGUUGAUGUGCCUCCAGGAGGAAGUCAAAAUCAACUUCUUGAAAGACAGAAAGCCCAUGUUCAGCAAUUUUUGGCUACUGAAGAUGCACUAAACAACGCUGCAGAAGCAAGGGACUUGUGUGAAAAACUUUUGAAACGUCUGCAUGGAGGUACAGAUGUUACUUCUCGUUCAAUUGGGAUUGGCAGCACAUCUCAGAAUGUUGGAAGUCUUAGGCAACUUCAGCUAGAUGUUUGGGCAAAGGAAAGAGAAGUUACUGGUUUAAAGGCAAGUUUAAACACCUUGAUGUCCGAAAUACAACGCUUGAAUAAGUUAUGUGCCGAGAGGAAAGAAGCCGAAGAUUCUCUGAAAAAAAAGUGGAAAAAGAUUGAAGAGUUUGAUGCUCGUAGAUCAGAACUUGAGUCCAUAUACACGGCACUCCUUAAAGCAAAUACGGAUGCUGCUUCAUUUUGGAGUCAGCAACCAUCAACUGCAAGGGAAUAUGCUUCAAGCACCAUAAUUCCAGCAUGUUUUGCUGUUGUUGAGGCUUCAAACGGUGCAAAGGAUCUUAUAGAGAAAGAAGUGUCUACCUUUUAUCGGAGUCCAGAUAAUAGCCUCUACAUGCUUCCUUCUUCACCACAGGCACUGCUUGAGGCCAUGGGGUCCAGUGGAUCAUCUGGACAGGAAGCAGUUGCAAAUGCAGAAAUUAAUGCGGCUAUUUUGACAGCAAGAGCUGGUGCUCGGGAUCCGUCAGCAAUUCCAUCAAUAUGCCGUGUUUCAGCUGCACUUCAGUAUCCUGCUGGCUUGGAGGGUUCAGAUGCUGGUCUAGCAUCAGUGCUGGAGUCCCUGGAGUUUUGUUUGAAACUUCGUGGUUCAGAAGCUAGUGUGUUGGAAGAUUUAUUAAAGGCUAUUAAUCUUGUCCAUAUUAGACGGGAUCUUGUUCAAAGUGGUCAUGCCUUGUUGAAUCAUGCCUACUGUGUUCAACAGGAUUACGAAAGGACAACAAAUUUUUCUUUAAAUUUGGCUGAAGAACAAGAAAAAACUGUCAUGGAAAAAUGGUUGCCUGAACUCAAGACUGGUGUUUUGAAUGCUCAGCAGAGUUUGGAAGCUUGCAAAUAUGUCAGGGGAUUGCUUGAUGAGUGGUGGGAGCAACCGGCAUCGACGGUUGUUGACUGGGUGACAGUAGACGGGCAAAGCGUAGCUGCCUGGCAUAAUCACGUGAAACAGCUUCUUGCAUUUUAUGAUAAGGAGCUAUUGUGAAUAGAAUUUUAGAGCACCUUCAGUGAGUUAAGUUUUCUGAAGUCUCAGUUUGUCUAAACGAUUGCCACUUUGCCGUCGACAUUGAAGACUUUAUAUUCUUUAGCCUCAAGGUCCUCUGCAGCAGCCGGUACUUCAAAGCAGUGAUAUCGACUGGGCACGUCGUCUCUGAUAAGUUCUUUUGGGAUGGAAUGUGCAGCUGCUGUUGUUAUUGAUAGACCAAGACCAUAAGAACAAGAAAGAAACCUCUCAUCUACCGGUUGAUUUUUUCAGAAGUGUGAUGUGUAUUGUAAGCCAUUUUAGAUUUUAGGUAGUGAGUUGGAAUGUUCUUUUUAACUGACAUAUGAUUAAUGGUUUUGAACCCUCUGAUUGUAGAGUUCUGUAAAUUGUUUUAUUGUGUUCUAGCUAGUUGAAGUUGAAGAUAUAUUCAACUUCAUUUAGUGCAUCCUGAUUUGAACUGUUGUAUACAAUUAGUGGCUCGUUUAGAAAACACAAAGAAGUCUAGAAUUUGCUGAUGCUAAGCUUGUGGUACUUCAUCAAUUAUUAUACACGGUAUAAGAGAUUUCUCAUUUUAAGAACAAAAUAUUUCUAUGUAGAA